CUUCACUGUUGUUGGAAGAAAACGAAAUUCAGAAGACCAGAAGAACAUUUUGUUUUUCAGUUUUCCACUUUCACCCAUUACACAGUCUCGUAAUUCUGCUUCCUUCUUACGCCAAUGGCCGCCAUAAUUUCGCGAAGACUAAGGUCAACGUUAACCUCCUCGCUCCUAAAAUCCUGUCGUUUUUCUUCAUCUUCUUCAAUCACUCCGUUUUCCCAAAACCCUAAUUUCUCAAUUUUCAAACCCUCCCAAAAUCCAUUCUCUCCUUUCAUCCCCUUCACCUUUCUCUCAUCAAAGCAAUUUUCCUCGUCUUCUUCAUCUUCAGACUCCGAUGAAGCCCGCAAGUCAACCCCAGAUCAAGCCCAAGCCCAAGCCCAAGCCCAAAGCCCGUACCCAAGCCAAAACCCAAACUUCAAGCACCAGGAGAUCGAAGGCCCCACAGUGGAACGAGACCUCUCCCCGCUCGCGACCGAGACGCGUGUGGUUCUGGAAACCAUGAUGAGGAACAUGUACAGGCUAAGCCACAUGCUCGCUGCAUUGGGUCUUGUUCACCUCGCUCUCGGCGCGUGGAUCACGUACCUGACGAAAUCGAACCCCUUAACGGAAGUGUCGGUGCAGAGUCUUGCGGCGUUCGCGUUUCCAUUCUCGGUGGCGUUCAUGCUGCGGCGCGCGCUGAAGCCGGUUGUCUUCUUCAGGAAAAUGGAGGAGCAAGGGAGGUUGCAGAUCCUCACGCUCACGCUCCAAACCGCGAAGCAGUUGGACGCGCUCUUCGUUAGGGCUCGUGUGGUUUCUCUGCUGUGCGUUUUUGGUGUUGCCGUUGGCGUGGGAAUUGCAGUGGCUUCCAAAUUCACCUGAUUUUCUUAUUAUUCAGAAUAAAUAAAUAAAUAUAUGUUGCCUUUUUUUAUUUUACUUGUGAUGUUGAAUUUUAUUUAUUUUUUGUAUCCUCUAAUUUUUACAAAAUUAAUCACAUACUUUAUCUUUA